CUUUCAUCAUCAUCCAUCUCUUCAGUUUAAUUUUUCAAGAACCCUGUCUAGUUAUGGCUCUUUUUUCUUCAUAUUCUGUAAUCUUUCUUCUUGCCUUGUCUGCAAUUGCCCACUCAGGAUUUGCUCGCGAUUUCUCAAUUGUGGGCUAUACCCCAGAAGAUUUGACAUCCGAUGAUAAGCUCAUUGAUCUCUUUGAAUCAUGGCUUUCCAAAUUUGGAAAGGUUUACGAUAGUAUUGAAGAGAAGUUGCUGAGGUUCGAUAUUUUCAAAGAUAACUUGUUCCAUAUUGACGAGACUAAUAGGAAGGUAACAAAUUAUUGGCUUGGACUCAAUGAGUUCGCAGAUUUGAGCCAUGAAGAGUUUAAGAAGAUAUAUUUAGGAUUGAAACCUGACUUGUCUAAAAGAAGACAAUGUCCUGAAGAAUUCACUUACAAGAAUGUAGAGAAUAUUCCCAAGUCUGUAGAUUGGAGAAAGAAAGGAGCUGUUACUCAAGUCAAGAACCAAGGAUCAUGUGGUAGUUGCUGGGCAUUUUCAACUGUAGCUGCAGUGGAAGGCAUAAAUCAGAUUGUCACCGGAAAUUUGACGUCUUUAUCAGAACAAGAGCUAAUAGAUUGUGACACAACAUACAAUAGUGGCUGCAAUGGAGGAUUGAUGGAUUAUGCAUUUUCCUAUAUAGUCGCCAGUGGUGGACUUCAUAAAGAAGAAGAUUACCCAUAUAUCAUGGAGGAGGGUACAUGUGAUAUGAGAAAGGAAGAAUCGGAGGUAGUGACCAUUAGCGGGUACCAUGAUGUGCCCCAGAACAAUGAACAAAGCUUGCUAAAGGCACUUGCAAACCAGCCCCUCAGCGUCGCCAUUGAAGCCUCUGCUAGAGACUUCCAGUUUUACAGUGGGGGUGUUUAUGAUGGUCAUUGUGGAACUGAUCUAAAUCAUGGAGUGGCAGCCGUGGGAUAUGGAACAAGCAAAGGCUUGGAUUACAUCACUGUUAAAAAUUCGUGGGGAUCUAAAUGGGGAGAAAAGGGUUACAUAAGAAUGAAAAGGAACAUUGGCAAGCCUGAAGGAAUCUGUGGAAUCUACAAAAUGGCUUCUUAUCCCACUAAGAAGAAAUGAUUCUGUUUUCUUUGAAGUUCCCAUUCUUAUGGGUAAAGCCAUGUUAUGGAGUGGUUGUGUCGUUUAAUAAUUUAGUAAACGUUUGGAUGUAAUUCUUCAACUUGGAAGCAAAUAUUAAUUUGAUUUCAGAGUUCAAUUUAAUUGUCC